AUGUCUUUAUACCUUCGAUCAUCGGGAAUUGUUCUCUCGCAGCUUAGACAAUUUAUUAUUCCUCCUCUGACUCAUCAUUUUCAUAAAGGAGAGGCUGGUAGAGUUGUUGUUAUUGGUGGAUGUGAGGAGUAUACAGGUGCUCCAUAUUAUGCAGCAAUUAGUGCUUUGAAAACUGGUGCGGAUUUGUCUUUUGUAAUUUGUUCAAAAUCUGCACUAAUGAUCAAAAAUUAUUCACCUGAAUUGGUUGUCUAUCCAUAUUUAUUUGAAAAAUCUGCUAUUUCUUAUGGUCAAUCAGAGGCUAGUAUACCAUCAAUUGUGGUGUUGGGACCUGGUCUUGGAAGAUCUAAAGAAAUGUUACAACAAGCAGAAUGGUUUAUUGAAUAUUGUAAGGAAUUGAAUAUGCCAUUGGUGUUGGAUGGAGAUGGCCUAUUCUUAAUUGGAGAAAAUCCUGCCUUGAUUGUUGGACACUCAAAUGUUGUCUUGACUCCUAAUCCUGCAGAAUUUUCUCGUUUAUUGAAAUCAGUUGUGGAGUAUCACAAUUCAAACAAUGAAAAUAAGGUCUCAAUUUCUCAAUUUAAAAACGAAACUGAGGAAAUAAUUUUCGUUUCAAAAACUCUUGGAGAUGUUUGUAUUGUAAGAAAGGGAAUGACUGAUAUUAUUGCUAAAGGAGAUAAGGUUUUGGAAUGUGAUAUAUUUAACGCCUCCCCAAGAAGAUGUGGUGGUCAAGGUGAUGUUUUGAGUGGUGUCAUUGCAACAUUCUGCUUUUGGGCUAAUAGAAAAGCUGGAGGUGAGAUAGGUCAUGAUGAUAGAAUGUUAGCAGCAUGCUAUGGUGGUUGUUUAGUUACUAAGAAAGCUGCUGAAUUGGCUUUCCAUGACCAUCACCGAGCAACUACUACUCCAAAUAUUAUUGAAAAAAUUGGUCAAGCAUUCUGUUUAGCAUUUAAGGAAGAUGACAAUUAG